AGAACACACUGCUUCCGGUUUAAAAAUAAAAUUUGUCCCAGUUUUUCCUCAAUAUCUCUAUUAUUUGUAUACAUCCAGGACAUUAUUUAACAUAUAAUCAUGGGUAUACUAGAGAAGAUAUCGGAUAUUGAAAAGGAGAUCAACAAAACCCAGAAAAAUAAAGCUACGGAAUAUCACUUGGGUUUACUGAAAGCCAAGUUAGCCAAGUACAGAUCUCAACUUUUAGAACCCACUGGAAAAGCUGGAGCAAAGGGAGAGGGGUUUGAUGUUAUGAAAUCAGGUGAUGCCAGGGUUGCAUUGAUUGGAUUCCCCUCUGUUGGAAAGUCUACCCUGUUAAACACCCUGACAACCACACACAGUGAGUCUGCAGGCUACGAAUUCACAACUCUCACAUGUAUUCCUGGCGUCAUUGAGUAUAACGGGGCAAAUAUUCAACUGCUAGAUCUCCCUGGGAUCAUCGAAGGGGCUGCACAAGGCAAAGGUAGGGGUCGCCAGGUGAUAGCUGUCGCAAGGACGGCAGACACCGUCAUCAUCAUGCUGGAUGCCACCAAGAGUGACAAACAAAGAGAACUUUUAGAAAAAGAGUUAGAGUCUGUUGGAAUAAGGCUCAAUAAAAGAAAACCUAAUAUAUAUUUUAAGCAAAAGAAAGGUGGAGGAUUAGCAUUCAACUCUACUCUUACACUCACAAAAUGUAAUGAAAAACUUGUACAGUUAAUAUUACAUGAAUACAAAAUCUUCAAUGCUGAAGUUUUAUUUAGGGAAGACUGUACUGCAGAUGAACUCAUUGAUGUUAUAGAGGACAAUAGAGUCUAUAUGAACUGCUUAUAUGUUUACAAUAAAAUAGAUCAGAUAUCAAUAGAAGAAAUUGACAGAAUAGCCAGGCAGCCACAUAGUGUAGUAGUCAGCUGUAACAUGCAACUGAAUCUGGACUACCUGUUGGAGAGACUUUGGGAGGAAUUAGCUUUAGUCAGAGUCUUCACAAAGAAACGAGGCAGUAGGCCAGAUUUUGAAGAUGGUCUAGUGAUGAGAAGGGGGUGCACUGUAGAACAUGUAUGUCAUUCAAUCCAUAGGACAUUAGUAGCAGACUUCAAAUAUGCUUUAGUUUGGGGGACCAGUACCAAAUACAACCCACAACGUGUUGGCCUUUCGCACCUUAUGAACCACGAUGAUGUCAUACAAGUUGUCAAGAAAUAACCACCUAUAUGCAAUAUUAAAUGUGAAUCCAAGAUUAGUUGUAAUACUGUAAUAAAGAUGGCAUGUCAGUCA